AUGGCCUCGACUCGCGACAUCCUCCACCCCAAGAACAACGGCAUCCCACAGCUCUUCCACGUUCUCUACAUAAGCUACCACCUCCAAAAUGACCCCAAUGCCGUGAUCCAGAAACUCCGCGUGAUCGGCUCAUACACCUCUCUCGACGCCGCCAAGACCGCCGCAUAUAGCUGUCUCUACGACGCCGGCUACUCAAAGUCAUGGUUCACACAGUACGACGUACACCGCGACAGCAACGACGGCAAGGUGGUAACGGCUACAGGAAUCGACGGGACCAAGUUUGCCGUCCAGAUUCUAAAUUCUGUGAUUGACGGCGGUGUGCCACAAGGCGCCUCGAAACUAUGGAACUACAGCGUCGAAGAAAAGAACCAACGCGUCUCCACAGAGUUGUUCUACGUCGUGCAGGUGAAAACCCGCUACGACGACGAGGAACGUCGCGAAAUCAACAUUGAGGGCACCUUCCUUACAUACACCGCUGCACGGGACUAUGCCAAGGUGGUACUAUUAAGCCCCGCGGACGGCAUCGAUGCGAAGAGCUACGCCGAGUACGACGAAGCAGAACCCGAUCAACACGAUUGUGGCUUUGGCGCGAAUGUAAUUGUGCAUGCUGUGGGCGAGCAUGGAGAGAACUUCUUGGUUAGCGUGGUCAAGAGUCAGACGAUGGAGAAUGUGAGGCUGGGCGAGGCGGCGAUGCGGGUUGCUUGA